ACAGAAGCACAGCGAAUGAGGCAACAGUAAAGAAACCUGCGGUGCUGUCCGUGAUAAUACUCACUGAAACAGACGCACAGCGAAUGAAGCAACAGUAGGGAAACCAAAAGGGAGAAAUAACUUUCUACUUUAUAUACACUUCCAAACAACACCGAGCUUUAUUUGUGUUAAGUAGACAUUGGUGUGUUGAGUUAGAGUAACACGUUAAUUUAGAGAGAUUUGAGGAGUGACAAGGAGGGGAAAGUAGCCUAUCUGGUUUCACCACACGACACCAGGAGCAUCACCUUCCCUCGCCCCCUCUUGGCCUUUCUGUGUGGUCAUGAUGUGGUCCCACUUCGCCACAAGUGCCCUUAUCCUACUGGUUGUCCUGUUGAGACUCACCCUAACCCUCCCGCUCACCGCCUCCAUGGCGACCGAGACACACAGCCCCAGCGACAGCCGUGCUCCUUCCCCUCUUGGACUUAGGCCAGCCGAGGGAGAGAAUGAAGGGAGGAAGGGCGGACUUCCACAGAGAGAGAGAGCAGAAGAGGAGGAUGAGCUUUUUGGAGACAUGGACCCCAAAACGUUAGCAGCCGUUCUGUUGGAGGCGAUGAAUAAGCCGCACGGGGAAAUGAGGAACGGUGUGGAGGAUGGGAGCAAGGAAAAGGAGAGAGGAAAGGAGGAGAAUGAGAGAGAGAGGCAGGAGGAGGAGAAGGGAGAGGAGGUGAGAGCAGCAUUGGAUGAGGAGGGAGCAGACCGAGACAGGGACGGUCGCGAGGAGCUUGAGCUGGUGAUGGCGGCCGCUGCGGCGCAGGGCAAGGAGGAGCGAGAGAGGGAUGAGGAGGAGGAGGAUGAGAGGAAGAGAGCACAGGAGGAGGAGGAAAGACUAACAGAGAAAGUGACUAGCCACACCACCAGCCAGACGAUUCCUGGAAAGGAGAAACGACCUCCGGCAGAAGGAGAAAGAGGGGAGGAGGUGGGAGUGAAGGAAGUGGGGGCCAGAGAGGAUGCGCAACAGGGACCUCCCACCUCACAGGAGACUCAGCAAGAGGAGGAAGAGGAGCAACUAAGUCCAGAUGAAGUGCAGAACCUCCAGAGCAUGUUGGAGGAACUACAGAACUACAACACAGCUAACAAGAGAGAGAGGGAGGCCCAGGAGCAGAGAGGGAGAGAGAGCAGGGGCUACAGCCAAGACGACACAGACCAAGCCCUGAUCCACAACCAGAUAAAACCCAAAGCUAAAGGAUACCCCCGAGCCAUGUCGAAGAAGCUCAAAUGGCAAGAGGAGAUGCAGAAAGCCCUGAACAUGCCCACUUAUAGAGGAGGCAACUUCAUGGACGACUUUGACAAUCUGGCUCGCCCGGCGGCUGAGGAUGAUGAUGAGGAAAUGCUGAGCCCCGAGGAGGAAGAGAGGAGGGCGAAGGAGGAGCAGGAGGAGGUCAGGAGGCAGGCGAUGGAGGCGCAGAGGGCCAAAGCCGAGGAGGAGAAGUUGGCGGACAUAGCCUCGGACAUGCUCCUGCAGUACAUGGUCAAACAGGACAAAGGAAGGUACCAGAACAAGAAGACCCUGCUGUCCAACGCAGCGGAGGACAAGCGCUCUGACGAGGAGGUCGUCAGCGAGGACGAUGAUAUUGAUCCUCAGACCAUUGAUAAGCUCAUCGAGAUCUCCAGUAAGCUCCACCUCCCCGCGGACGACGUCGUUGACAUCAUCAGCGACGUUGAGAAGAAGAAGAAGAAAGACGCUCCUGAGACAUUGCCCUGGCAACGACCCCAGCAAAGACCCCUGGUUUACCCAGCAGCCAAAGCCGUCGAUGCCCAGCCUUCACACCCCCGAUACCCCACCCUGAAGCAGCCUCUCCCGGCCAUCAAUCCCCUCAAGGCCUGGUUCAAGGACAAAUCCUCCAUCAAACCCUCAAAGCAAGACCUCUGGAUCAAACCUCAACAGAAGUCCUUUCGGACUUCCUCCAACUAUCCUACCUAUCCCUUCUACCAACAGAAGCCCUAUCGAGGCUACUACCCAAUGUACUUCCCCCCUCCCAAGCCCAAGCCCCGCUUCUAUGCCAAGCCUUCCUUCAUGCUCAACGACCUCCUGUCAAAUUCUCUGGACUACGACUUUGAUUUCCCCCCCAAGAGGAGGUACCGUCCCUGGGUACAACCCCGCCCAAGGAAUCCCCCCGUGGCUCUCCGGCAGAAGCUCUACUACCCCAAAUACCUCCUCCCCUCACACCCCCGGACAUACAACCACCUCCCCAUCCCCAUGGCCAAACCCCGGUCGUCGCCUCCCUGGGGUCAGGUUCAGCCUCGACGCCGGCAUGGUUACUAUUACCAAGCGCCCUCAGCACCUUUGUUGACCCGGGACCAAGAUUACUAUGGGAUGCAGGGGAUAGGGAUGGGGCCGCAGCAGCAAGAUAGCAAUGAAGACCUGGAGAACUACAUUCAACAGGUCUUUAUGAAACCCAGGCCUAGGAUGUUUCAGUGAAAAGAG